AAACCUAAAUUUUAGAGAAAAAUGGAGAAAAACUUUGUUCUUGCUCUCACCAUUGUUCUUUGCUGCCACAUUUCUCUCUCUUCCGCCAUUGAUGGAACUGCAACUUACUACACCUCGUCUCCCACACCAACUUCGUGUUUUGGGUAUGAUGAUAUGGGUACGAUGAUCGCUGCGGGGAGCGAAACGAUAUGGGGAAAUGGUGGGGCGUGCGGAAGGCAUUAUAAGGUCACGUGUAUUGGUGCACCCAUUACAGAGAUGACGAACCCAUGCACGGGAGCAAGCGUCGUGGUUAAAAUUGUUGAUUAUUGCCCUGCCUGUGAGGCCACUUUUGAUCUCUCUCAAGAAGCUUUCUCUGUUAUAGCGGAUUUAAAUGCCCGUAAAAUUCAAAUUGAUUAUGUUGAGGUGUAGAGAUGCAUGGUUGGUGGCCGAGGAAGUUAAUAGUGCUUUCUUAUAUCGAAGUUAAGUGUCGAAGAUCACAGAAGAAAUAUCCGUUCGUUGAUGCACAGAAAUUAAGUAGCUGAAUAAUGUUGUUACUUCGAUGGUGUCUGCAUGAGCACAAAUAUCUCUCAAAUAAUAAUUAUAUUUACAUUUUUAUUUUUCAA